AUGCCUUCAGCACACAACAAAACCGAUACAAUGACAUCCUCAGCAACAGAUAUAAAAGAGAAAGAACAGUCCAGGGAGAAGGACAGCAGACACAUUGGCUCCGAUGAUCAAGACAACCAAACACACACGUCCAUGGCCCAGGGACAAAUCCUCUACCAUGCGGCUGUCGGUAAAAAUGGAAUCAGACUCCAUCCACAGCCUACUGCAGAUGCCUUGGAUCCCUUGAACUGGUCGAGGCUCCAGAAGCACACUAUAUUGUCUAUUGUCAUGUUCAAAUAUUUCUUGUUCACAUAUCUCACAACCACUACGGUACCGUCAUUCCCAGAAAUUCAAGACCAAUACAAGAUCAACUAUUCGCAAGUCAACUGGACAGUUGCUGUGCCAGCGUUAGGGCUCACCGUCGGCCCACUCAUCUGGUCAUCGCUUGGUGAUAUAUACGGUCGUCGAUUAAUAUUCUUGAUCGGAACGACCAUAGCAUUGGCCUCAACGGUCGGUGCUGCUACCGCUGGCAACUAUUCAAGCUAUAUGGCUGCCCGUUUCUUUCAAGGCUUUGGAGUGAGCCCAGCAUCGACCGUUGGAAUGGCUAUCGUAAAUGAUCUAUUCUUCGAUUAUGAGCGAGGCCAGAAGCUCGGUCUCUGGGUUUUAGCAUUGGAUUCCGGAUUGCUUCUUGGUCCUACUUUCGGUGGCUUUUUGGACCUCAUCAACGCCGCAUGGAUCAAUUGGUUCAAUGCAAUUCUCUUCGCCAUCUUACUGCUCCUCGAACUCGCCUUCCUGCCCGAAACCCUUUACCCUCGAAACAAGAUGCUGCAACAAAUGCCUCGUCUACAUGGACACAAAGCCCUCCCUACAGAUAUCGAAAAACAACCAAUGGGUGAGGAUAUAGCUCUGCCUGCCCUUUCGCCGGUAGAGGCCUCACUGUCUGAUCUACGGCGCACGAAACAUCUCCCCUUCAUCAAUUGGCGUCCUAUUCCCGGAAUAACCCAUCCCAAGCCUUGGGACUCACUUAUUCGGUUUGCGUUGACCUUUCAGCUACCUACUGUUGCCAUCACAGUGAUCGGGUAUAGUUUCGUUUGGUACUGGUGGGUUCUGUCGGUUAUUACCAUGGUACCCGCGGCAUAUCCAACAUAUUCACCUCUCAUCCAAGGGCUGCUGUUUCUUGGAUUACUCCUCGGGACUGUAGUAUCGGAAGUUGCUUGUUCUGGUCGACUGAGUGACUAUAUAGUCAAUAAACUGUCAAAGCGGAACGGCAACAUUCGUGUGCCAGAGAUGCGGCUGUGGUUGGCGUAUCCAGCUAUGCUGCUCACUACUAUUGGUUUAAUUAUCUGGGGUAUCAGCAUCGACCAAAAUUAUCACUGGAUGGUCGGCCAGGUGGCAUUCUUCUUGUUCGCCGCCGGUAUCCAAAUUGCCAACAUGGUGACGAGCAGUUACGUCGUUGACUGUUACCCUUUGCAAACAACAAGUGUGAUCACCUUCUACGCCGUUUUCCUCAAUCUAAGUGCUUUCAUCAACCCCCUGACUGGUUGCUGUGUGCAGUUCUUUAUUGCUCCGUGGCAAGAGUCUUCCGGCUGGACUUGGACUUUCACUGUCCAGGGGAUCAUUGUGCUCGUUGGCGGUUGGCUAGUUUUUGGUGGCUUGCAUAGAUUCGGCGCCUGGAUGCGCUCAAAGGGGCCGCAGCCGUCGUGGGUCAACCCAGAAUUUGAUAUGGAUCCUUGA